AUCAUUCAUACCCGACCCAUUUAGGUUGAACCCGUCGGGAAACUGGCCAUCCCCUUGGAAAAUUGCCAUGCUAGCGCAAGUAUUUCAUAAAAUAUUUUCAAGGAAACACGGUGAUAAAAGAUUCUUGAUUCUUUCCCUCUAUCUGCAGUAACAAAUCUUUUCCAUUUAUCUUACUCUGCUAAGUCCCCAAAUCGAAGAAGGGUUUUGGUUUCCAAGUUUCCACUCUGAUUUUCACCAAAUGAUUCUUGAGUUCUAGGGUUUCAGAUUCAAACAAUGAGCAACAACACCAACAGUACCAACGGCCACAGCGAUCGAGAUCUCGGCCUGUGGUUCCUAGAGCAAUCGCGGCUUGGCUCGGCUCGUGUGCCGACGGACAUGGACGAGGACGAGGAGGCUCCUACAGAGCUCAAUACCAUCAAUAGUUCUGGAGGCUUCCUCGUGGUGUCGCCCGAUAAGCUCUCGGCCAAGUACACCAACGUCAACCUUCAUGGACACGACGUUGGUGUCGUUCAGGCUAACAAGCCAGCUCCGGUCAAGCGGCUUGUCUACUACUUCGAGAUUUAUGUCAAGGAUGCUGGGACCAAGGGUCAGAUUGCCAUUGGAUUUACUUCUGAGAGCUUCAAGAUGCGGAGGCAGCCCGGGUGGGAGGCAAAUAGUUGUGGCUAUCAUGGGGAUGAUGGACUACUUUAUCGCGGACAUGGAAAAGGAGAGGCUUUUGGCCCAACCUAUACCUCUGGUGAUAUAGUUGGAGGUGGUAUCAAUUAUGCUUCACAGGAGUUCUUUUUCACUAAAAAUGGUGCUGUAGUGGGGACAGUGCCCAAGGAUAUGAAGGGUCCCUUAUUUCCUACAAUUGCUGUACACAGCCAAAAUGAGGAGGUGAAUGUCAACUUUGGGCAGCAACCUUUUGCUUUUGAUCUUAAGGAAUUUGAAGCGCAAGAGAGGAUGAAGCAACAAAGGAUGAUUGAAAAAUUUUCAUUGCCAACUGUUAGUCAUGGAAUUGUUCGCUCCUACUUACUACAUUAUGGCUAUGAAGAUACGCUCAAUUCAUUUGACAUGGCUAGUAAAACUACUGUUCCUCCUGUACAUAUAGCUCAAGAAAAUGGUUUUGAUGAGCAGGACGUUGUGUUUGCACUAAAUGAAAGAAAGACUCUUAGACAGCUUAUCAGGAAUGGGGAGAUCGACUCUGCACUAGGUAAACUCCGGGAAUGGUAUCCCCAAGUUGUUCAGGAUGAUAAAUCAGCUACUUGCUUUCUACUCCACUGUCAAAAGUUUAUCGAAUUGGUCCGGGUCGGAGCACUUGAGGAGGCUGUGAAAUAUGGAAGAAUGGAAUUAGCAAAGUUCUUUGGCCUGCCGGUGUUUGAGGACCUAGUUCAGGAUUGUGUUGCUCUGCUGGCAUACGAACAGCCGCAAGAGUCCCCAGUUGGAUAUCUGCUUGAAGAGUCGCAGCGUGAAGUUGUGGCAGACACAGUUAAUGCAAUGAUCUUGUCUACAAAUCCAAACCUGAAAGAUUCACAAAGUUGCUUGCAUUCAUAUCUUGAGAGGUUACUCAGGCAACUCACUGCUUGCUGUUUGGAAAGAAGGUUGUUGAGUGGGGAUCAAGGUGAAGCUUUCCAUCUGCACAGAGUACUUAACAGUUGUAAGAAGGCUAGGUGCUAGUUGAUUUGUUCUCCAACUCAUCUUGGUCUGUUCAUAUGCACAGUAGGCCAUAUUCUGAACUGCUUCUCAACCAAACAGAUCGGCUUAGUGUUGAGCAUAUUGUAUAGAGGCGGCCAUGACGUUUCCCUGAGCCAGACUGAUACUUCUUUUGCUGUAUAGAAUGGGAUGUUAUCUUUCUGUAAGAUUGUAACCCACCGUCAUAACCUUGAAUUAGAAAAUUGAAUUGAACUGGCAUGUGGGAAAUGUUACAUAUUAGGUUUCAAUAGAUGCAAUUUGCAUUGUAGGGUUCAAAAAAUUUCAAAUUCAAUUUGAUAGGUUGCUGCACACACGAAUUUAGCUUGAUGCCAUUCAAAUUCUAGGAAAAUACUGAAAACGAAACAGAGGAUGGUGCAUGUUGAAGUUUAUAGAAUUUGAAUGCACCAUCCUCAGUUUCGUUUUCAGUGCACCAUCCUGAAGCAGAAAGCUCUUUCCUUGUGCCAUUGUAUCAUGAAGUUGCUCCAGUGGCUGUCGUCUUUGUAAGUUUGUGGCAAAUAAUGAGCAAAUUUUCUUCUAGGAUUCAAA